AUGGCGCGUGUGGAUGUGCGGUCCGUCACCCAGCCUGUGGGCGUCAUGCGCCUUGCGGUGACCAUUCUCACCUGUCUUUCUUUCAGCCUGGUGGCAAAGGUGGGGUAUGUAUCAUCCUCCUACUGGGCGUGGUGUAUGUUUACCUGGUGCUUCUGCUGCUUCUUCACCCUCCUCAUCAUCGUCCUGGAGUUCACCACUCUCAGCACCAAGGUACCCUUCUCCUGGGAUGACUUUACUACUGCCUUUGCUAUGCUGGCCACCCUCAUGUGCCUUGUCGCCUCAAUCAUCUAUCCCACCUUUUUCACCUGCAAGACCUGCUACUACCAGAUCGGUGCCACUGUAGUGUCCUGGGUCUGUUUCGGUGUGUAUGCCGGCGAAGUGGCCCUGACCCGUCUUCGUCCUCGCGGGCAGAACAGCGGGUUCCUCUCCACUCUACCUGGCAUUUUUAAGAUGCUGGAGACCUUUGUGGCCUGUCUUAUUUUCACCUCCCUGGAGCCAGGCCAGUACUCUGGUGUCCCAGAGCUCCAGUGGUGUGUGGCUGUGUACUCCCUGUGCUUCAUUUUCACCAUCCUCAUUAUCGUGCUCAGCACAGGACAGCUGCUCUCAUUUGUUCCAUUUGCCUUUGACAAGCUGGUAACAAUCUAUAAUGUGGUGGCAGCACUUAUGUACAUGACGGCCUUGGUGGUUUGGCCACUCUACAGCUUGCACAAGAACAGCAGACCCAGUGCCUGUGGCUACCCUUGUGCCUGGGAUAAAUUGGUGGUGGUCACCUUUAUGACAAUUGUCAACGUUAUUGUUUACACCUUGGACGCUGUCUUCUCUGUAUGGAAGGUGUUUCUCACCAGGGACCCCUGA